AUGGCACAGCGGGACCCUACAGAAGUGGACAAAUUCCUUUCAUCGAUAUGGCAGCAGACAGACAGGAAAACAUCCCAGAAACAGUCGGAUACACUCGUACCACGCAUUUCAAACGUGAGUAAGUCGAUCCAACCAGAAAAAAUCCCUGUUGUUGCCCCUGGACAGCACCCAAAAAACACUCUUACAGCAGUAUUGAAAGGGAAAACAGAAAAGCGAAUGGAUGAGAUUAUCAUAGAAGACUUAAUUUCACAAAAAUGGCCAAAGAGGCCACUUAAUGUGGGCCCUCCCAAGAUCACAGAAAAUAUGAUUAGCCAAAUUAUGGAAACGCUGGCCGAGGAAGAUUCAAAUGUCACUAUUCUCAAGGUAGAAAAAGGAGACAAGUCAGGUAACAGUAUCAUUGGUGCCAAUGAUCAUGCUUCUAUCCAGAUCAACAUUACAGAGGUUGAUGAGACUACAGGCCGUAUGACUGGAUCUUACAAGACCUAUGCUAUAUGUGGGGCAAUCAGACGAAUGGGUGAAUCUGAUGAUUCAUUGAUUACACUCGCUAAACAACAUGGCAUCAUAACUAAGAAUUUUUAA